AUGUCAUUUCAAAGAACCUCUUUUUCUCUUGAUGGAGUGAACUCGACCUAUCUUUUCAUCAAAAAAGUAUCAAAAGAUAGGAAAAGGCAAACCGAUUCACCACUCCAAUUUUUCAAAUUCAAAUCAGAAGAAACUUUCACUAAAAUUAAACAAAUAGGCAUUAAAAAGAUUGUUUGUGGAGCUAGGCAUGUCAUCUUUUUAUUAAACAACGCCACUGCAUUCGGAUAUAGACAAGAAAAAGAAGGCCAUUUACUAAUCCCUCGAAUGGUUGAAAUUCCGCUCUCGAACAUUGAAGAUGUUUAUUGUGGGAUUGAUUUUACGUAUUUUGUAAUCAAAAAAUCAAAAUUUGAGCGUAGGAUUGUUUCCUCUGGAGUUUCUUUUGAGGGAGAAUAUUCUGAUGUCAAGUAUUGGGAUUAUUCAUGUGAGCAACUAAUGGAAUUUCCACCUUCUAAUGAAAUUAUUCUCGAUGUUAAAAUUGUUGAUUUGCAAGUAGCAAUACUCACAAAGCAUUUCAAGAAUAAUCAAAGAUUUUGGUAUUCGAUAAGAGUCAGUAAUGACGAGGUUGAACACAUUAGAGAUCGAUAUCUUAUUAAGAGGGAACUUGGGGAUAAAUACAAUAGAGCAGAUUAUUUAUUUUUUAAUGGGAUGUACUUGAUAUUUCAUGCUAUAGAUGGAAAAAAUUUGGAUAGUAAUAAUUCAUAUUUGGAAUCUUCGUUCAGACAAGUAUCAGAUAUGUGUGCGUUGGAUCAUGAAGGAGAUUUAUAUUACGGUUUUAAUAUGUAUCAUAAGAUUUACGACAGUAUUGAAAAGAUUGGUGACUGGGGAAUUGCAGCUUUGACAAAGGAAGGUCAAGUUUUCACAAACUCUAUUCGUUCAACAUUUGAAAGAUUAGAGUUUGAAAAGAUGUUGACAGUUCCAGAUAAGAAAAGAUAUGAAACAGACAGAUCAUGUUUCAGUAUCGAUAUUUCAUCGAGUCAAGAAGAUAUUUUCAUUCUUGUGAAGAGAGGUUUAACUUCAAAUCAAGUUCAUCUAUUUAAGGAAAUCAUUAGAAAUGGUUCUUAUCAUGAUGUAGUUUUCGAAUUUGUGGAGUCUUUUGAACUAAACCAAGUUGUAACUAUUGAAGAAAAAAUUGAAAUUCCCAACAAAAAUCCCCAAAAACCAACAAUGGGGUCUAUUGGAGGUUUCUUUCUUUUCAACAAUAUCAAAAAAGAAUGA